AUCGAGCAUUUUGUUGCCAAAUUUUGUUAGCAUUGACAACAUUGUGUAAUUUCCUCAAAAACGAUUUGGUAAGAAUUUUAUAUUCAAAAUAAAAUAAUUCCACUAAAAUUUUGACACUUUCCUGUAAAUCUUGUAAUGUAAUUUGAUAAAUAAUCUUGUUUAGUCGAAUGGAUCCAUGGACGCGACCGGUUAUCCGAACAACGUAGAACCUGCCCGGCGGUGGUACCCUUUACGCCCUCACCACCCAAAUCUGCACCCCAUCGACGUCAACAACAACAAUAAUUUGGCCCCAAGAGGAAGAGUCAUGGAUCCGAGCAACUCACCCGUUUCGGGCGUUCCCAUUAUUACGACGAGUCUCGCCUUGCUUCAGGUACACGUACAAUUAACGUAGGGCAGCAUAUGUAGAUGGGUCACUACCAAAAUCAUAAAAAUCGCCACAUUUUUGAUCAUUUCCCGGCUCCGGGAAUUUAUUUUAGAAUUCAACGAAUUUGUAGUCAGUAAGUUGAUUAAUGGAGCGACCGUGAGUUCUUAAGCAAGUUUCGAUUUGUUCCAAUUUUUCUGAAGGCUUCCUAAGCUUGAGAUCUCCCUCAAAAACUAAAAAUAUGGAGUGUACAUUAUUUUAAAUUGACAACGACCUGCUCCGUAAAUUUUCAGACUUAUUACAAUAAGUUAUUCCCAGAGCAGAAAAAUGAUAUGACGAUCUUGGUGAUGAGUUAUCGACUCCUACAUUAAUAAAUAUGCAAAAAAAUAAUAAAUAAUGUUCGGUCACUAUUUAUCUCCUUAUCCAGCUGCUCAUCUACUACGGGAGCGAUUACACUGGGAUCACGUCGGAAGGAAUGGUGUCCGCUUCGUGGGGGGCGGUGAUUGGAAAAGGCCAAAUCUGGCGAUUACUGAUCGCUCACUUCUUCAACUUCCAAAAGGUUCCGUUGUGGGUCAACUGUUUCGCUUUAAUCACGAUUGGAAGAUAUCUCGAGAGGAAGGUGCAGAAAGGUGCCCUCCUCGUCAUCAUCCAGACCGUUGGAGUCCUCUCCAAUCUCCUCUACGUCCUACUGAACAGUUUCUUCUGCUCCUCUGUCCAGGGUAACGAGCAGACGUAUGGAUUUAACAGUAUCAACUAUGCGCUCCGCUUUUGGCUCGUGUACAUCCAAGAACCCAGAAAUUUUGAGGCCGGGCAAUUAUUCGGGUUCUGGAAUAACCUUCCAAUCGUUUGGCAACCGUGGCCUAUAAUCCUGGACAUUCUGCUACUCAAGUUUCUGGAGAUGGAAAACCCAGGUUUCUGUGUGGCCAGUUCCGUCGUAGGGAUCAUGGUGGGGGUCGUGUUGACUUGGCUCGUUUGGAGGUUUCCGCCCGAACUGUGGCAAAAUCUUGGAGGGGAUGAGGACGAGGUUGGACCAGAUGAUGACGCGGACGACGCCCCUCAACCAAUGGCAGUCACGAGGCAUUCAUCCACCACGACCUCAGUGUCACGCACCACUCUGAGAUCACCGCCGCCGCCGCCGCCUUUUACUCCUUCAGCCUCGCCAAGAAUCCAACCGGAAAUGGAAACCGUAUCAUCCUUCCAAACAUUAAAUGAUGUCAUGCAAAAUAUUCAUGACUUAGCGUCAGACUCGUAUCAUAUAUUUACACGGAGAAGAAUACCGCCACCACGCGUGGAUUAACUUCAUACAAAUUUAUAUAUUCAAAUAAAUAUUUAGAGUAUUUAUAA